CCACUCUUCCAUUUGGCUGUUCCCCUCGACGGUAAGGCAAACUAUAGAGUUAUCCCCCCUCAUACUUGACACAGCAUCAACAUCUUUUACAAAGCUCAGCAAAAGUUGCAACGAUGACUUCUCUGAGAUUAUUUGUCGUUUUAACCGUAGUACCCAGUAUUAUUUUUGUACUGUCCACAACCUUGGUAGAUUCUGCUUCUCAUGAAAAUAGACGGUUGUCAAUUUUGGUGUUCGGUGGAAACGGUUUUAUCGGUUCUGCUACCGUGUCUCGGCUCUUGAAGACCGACCAUUCCAUCACUAUAAUUAACCGCGGCAACUGGUAUUGGGACUCAAAUGUUUUGAUUAAACCGUAUGUUCGACAUCUCAAAUGUGAUCGUAUGCAGUCACUUUACAAUUGUCAAGACUUGGUCGACUUCUUCAAAACAAGCUCAUCCAUAUAUUUUGAUGCAAUCAUUGAUUUUAGUGCCUAUCAUCCUUUUGCAGUCAGAGAAGUUCUGGCGAUUUUCCGUUCCAAAGUUGGUCUAUAUGUUUUAAUUAGUACAGAUUCAGUAUAUGAUGUGUGCAUGAAAAAUCACACAGCACCUAGCAAAGAGACAGAUGCAGUUCGUCCAUUUGCUGAAACCAUGAGAGAGGACUAUGCCAAAAAUGACAACUAUGGUCAUUUGAAACUUCAGUGUGAAGAAGAACUUCAGCAACAACCAGAAGCAGAUAAAAUACCAUUUCUAAUAUAUCGUCUUCCCGAUGUUAUUGGUCCCAAGGAUAACACUUACCGGUGGUGGCUUUAUCAGUUGUGGAUGAAAAUACGCACAUAUCUUGAAAGACCUGUGUCACUUCCUGCAAAUUUAGUUAAACAAGAGAUGAGUUUAGUUUAUGUUGAAGAUGUGGCAGAUAUAAUUGUGCAGUAUCUAACAGGUAGUGAAGACAUUAACAAUGAAGCUUACAAUUUAGCCAUUGACGAAACCCCAACACUGUAUGAAGUCCUUAGUGAUAUAAAGGAUUCCCUUAACCUAACAGAUUUGAAUAUUUUCAUUGAACCUCUGACUUCAAGCUCUAUUUAUCUCUUCCCAUCAGUGAAGUUAGGCCCUGUCGAUGUAUCUAAAGCUAAAGAAAAACUGAACUGGAAACCAACAAGUUGGGAGAAAAUUCUGAAAGAAAUAAUAGCCUUUUAUGAAAAGGCCAUCAAAGAGGAAAAAUAUGAGAUUCCAAGACGGGAUGUUAUUCAUAUGAUGCAAAAACAUUUGACAAGACGGCCAUUACAAGUUCUGACUGGACUCAGAGCAGUCUACGGUAUUGACUACCCAUUUGUAAAAGAAGAACUGUGAUAACAGUACUGCGGUCACUGAAAUCUAUGAAAUGGAAAAUAAGAUGUUGAACUUCCCUCAAGUUUCACUGUUUAAAUAAAUUAUUAAUAUGGAUUGUUGCCUGUCAAACAUAGCACAGUAUUGAGCUAAUGUAUAUGAAAAAACGGUGUUGAAUCCCUGCUUGUUACAAAUAUCUAGAUGUUAAAGUAUUACUGAUUUAAUGCAAAUAUCCAAACUGUUUUAAGUUUGGCAUUGUCUAUACUCAUACACUAUUCAGUGUAAAAUUCAUGUGUGUGUGUGUGUGUGAGAUGAAAGAGAGAGAGUCAAUGUACAAAAUUGUUUUUGCCAACGAAGCCUUGUAAAAAAAAAUAUUAACUGGAGCUGGUUUUACCAGUAUAGACAUUAUGUGUGAUCUGAUUUGUAAAGAUAAAUAUUGUUCAUUCAUUUUAUGAACUCUGAAUGUGGAUUGUACCUAGAAUCAGAAUUAUGUUAAUUUCAAGCCAUUGAAAGAAACUUUGUGCAAUUAUUCUACCUACUAAAAAUAGCAGUCAAAUUUUCCUCAAAUCAUCUCCUACCAGCUUAAAAACUUUUUAAAAAUUAAAAAUACGUUGGCUAAUUUAUCUAGAAUAUAAAAUAAAAUUGGAUAGGCAUGGCUGGAUUGCUUUUGGUGACAGGACAGCUCAAUCAGGGCUGGUUUAGGACUAAACAGCAAUGUCAUCUAUAACCAUUUGAAUCUUUCUGUAUGAAGAAGAAUUUCAAUAACAACCUAUUCUUGAAAGCAAAAGAGUGGGAAAAUGGAAACGGUAAAAAAGCAUUGAAACUAUCCUUUCUAAAAUGAAAAACUUUAAAACUUUCAUGGCUCGUUAUUUAACCUGAAUGCAAUAAAAACAAUGUGCCUUUUUCAAUUGAGAUGAAAUCAUUGAAACUAAUAAUUAGUCAUGCUUAAAUUAUAUACAUGCACUCACACACACACACAUAUAUACAUAUAUAUAUAUAUACAUAUAUAUAUACAGGCAUACACACACGUGUGUGUGUGUAUUUUCUCCGUGAUAUUUUUAUAUUUUCUAUGUGAUUUCAAAUAAAAAUAAUUUUGCUAAAAUCUU